AUGGCAGACACAACAGCUUCUAAGAACCAGAAAUAUUUCAAUGAGCAGGCGUCGUCCUAUGAUACCAAGCAUGAAAAAACAAUCAACCAGUUGAUUGCGCACAUCCAAAAACGAAAGGACUUCAUCGGUGCACAAUGGGUCGUCGAUGACUCUGAUGAUGAACCCACCACCGAAGCAGACGGCUCUCACAAACCUAGCGUGGAUAAGGAUUCAGUGAGGUUUCUAGACUAUGCCUGUGGUACUGGUCUUGUCACUAGGUGCGUGGGGAUUGACAUCUCUGAGAACAUGGUAGCGUCUUACAAUGCGCGUGCUGAGAACCAGGGUCUAGAAAAGGAGGAAAUGUACGCGUACCAAGGCAAUCUCCUGAACAAGAAUGACCCGAACCCGGCCUCACUCUCCGACGCCACCUUCUUCAACUUUGACGUGGCAGCCGUUGGCCUGGGUGCCCACCACUUCGAGGACCCGGACUUCGCCGUCCGUCAGAUCACCGCCCGCCUACGCCCCGGCGGGGUCUUCUUUAUCCUAGACUUCUUGCCCCAUGAGCCGUUUGACGGCCACCAGCAUAAGGCAGUGCACACGGUAACGCACCACGGCUUUUCAGAGGAGAGAGUCCGGGACAUGUUCACUAGGGCUGGCGUAGGUAAGGGGUUCGAGCUCCAGGACCUGGGGAGCGGGGUGGUGUUCGCCGGCAUGGGCAAGGACGGUAGCGACAUGAAGAGGAGGCCUAGCUUCAACCGAAAGAACACCUGA